CUCGUUCGUGGAGGCAACGUCUAUUUCUCUUUACACCCAAGUCAUUCCAAUCACAGCCGGAACCAUGUCAGACGAAGCAAGCAAUGCAGAUGCAAAGAGGACCGCGAAAGGACCUUCUCAAACACAGUGGCAAUUCAUCGAUGCUUCCGACAACAGCAGGAGUACUUUGACAAAAGUGAAGCGUCAUGUUAUGCAGGAAUAUAUGCGCCAGAAGCGUCAAGCCGCAGAACAGUCUGGUGCUGAAGUUGAAGAAAGUGCGUCGCAAAGCCGGGAUCAAGGACAGAAGCCACGGCCGCCAAAAAGAACUAUUGACCGAGCCAAGGAUACAAAUGUAAUCCGACAAUUGGACAAAUCGCAUGAAAUGGCGGCCUAUGUGCAACGACACAUUCUUGAAUCUUCCCCGGAUCACCCGCUCGAACAACCGCAGCUGAAGGAGAUUGUGGAGACCCAUGCUAUAGAGGACAGGGUCCACCCUGUCCCCAGUCCUGUCUUUCUGACAUCAUAUGGAGACAUGCCGUUCCGAAGACAGGUAUUCUAUUCGUCCCCCGAUAUUCUAAAGACCUACUCCUCCCUAUCCCAAAGCAGCACCUCGGACAUCAGUACUCCGACCCCAUCGUCGUCCGCCCCAACGACCCCGCUUGAGAUGACAUUGUCACCGAAAACAAUCUUAAGUGCCGCACGCACCGAUCCGUUCAACAGCCUGCCACUCGAGCUCGAUCUUGAAGGUCAGAGACUGUUUGACUUUUAUGUCAAUGAAAUGCCUGCAUGCUCGUAUGGUAAUCAUUUCCGGUCAUCUAAGGCGCACAACUGGUACACAGCAGUCUUUGUCCCCGAAGGCAUGAAAGGACCAGUAGCGUUUCAAAAUACAAUUCUUGUCCAUGCGGCCAACACCUGGGUUUGGGUUCGCGAUGAGGAGCCCGAUGAAACCGCGCUUUAUCAUCGUGACCGUGCGAUUACCAUGCUUAGAGAGCACAGGGAACGGAAUCCGGGUGAUAUUUCUGAUGAAGCGAUCAUAGCCUGUCUCAGCGCUGCAGGGCUCGAAGACUUUGACCCUCGUCCGGGCCACAAGCAAAUUAGUUGGCUUCAUAUGCGAGCUGCAAGGGAGAUGAUUCGCGCCCGUGGGGGGCCAUCUGCUUUUGAAAACACACGGCUAGGAAUGCUGAUCAAUUGGCAAGAUUACAUUCUCUCGGGAUAUGAAACCGAGGGACCUAGCUUUUUCUUCGAAUAUGAUUCUCCGACCUCACCGCAAAUGACAGUGCCUUAUUAUGGACAAUUAAAUCCAAACCUGAUAUCUGCUUCAGGAAUUGCACCGUAUACUAUGUCUUUUACCGAACAUCAUCCGCUUUCCCCAUGCGAAGAAAUUCACAAUCAAUGCAACGAAUUUAUCAACUUCCUCAAGCGUUGCGAGCAGCUCGCCGUCCACCAACGCAAGACCCUUGACCUGGCUAUGGCGCCAGUACGUCUUACUGCAUUCCGACAGAACUCAUUGCUAUAUCAGAUACUCGCAGCACCUCCAGGACUGCGCUUUACAGCGUCGGGGAACCGUAAGCAAUUUGUUGCACGGCUAGUCGCAUUGGUUAUGCUUAAUUCUGGCUUGUGGGAUUACCGAAGCUCCGUUCUGUAUAGCGAAGCCUUCCUCAGGGGCUUGGAGCAGGCUGUCUUAGAUAGCGAAGUGAACAUGAGCGGGUCAGUUGAAGCCUUGUUGCAGAUAAUGCUUGAGUGUGAUGAUGCGUCAAUCAAGAUCCCUGACACGAUGUGCUAUCUGCCGCUUCACGGUGGUAAUCCGGACUUUACACAAUAUUCCCCGACUGCUCAGACACCAUACAGUCGGCCGUGGUUCGCAGGACGAAUGCUCAAAGUAGCCAAACGGCUCAGCUUCGAUACCUGGAUGAAUGUGAACUACUUUCUUUUCUCCUGCUUAACGUUGCAUCCUGGCAUACCCUCUGUUUCCGUUUGGGAGACUGACUUGCGGCAAGAGAUUUUGAAUGCACCUCUCACUCAAUAUGUGAUGCCUUCCCUGCAUGGUCAAUGACCCUUACGACCUGGACCUUACGCUUUACAUUCUUGCUCAUGGGAAAGGACCCACUAUGCAUAAUGCUCCAGCUAUCAUAUUUGUAUCUUUUUUUCUUGUGUCUCUCCCUCUCUCUUCAUCCCCCGAACGCCUGUAUAAGACCGUCCGAGGCAAGAGUUGGAUUGUUCCAUGUGUAAAUGCAUUGUUACAAUUUUUAUCGUUUUUGGUCACUGGCUAUGAUUAAUUGUUUAUCUCUAUCUUAUUUUUUUUUUUUUUCACCCCUCAAUAUACUCG